AUGUUCAGUAUUGGUUACGUCAUCCUUUUGCUGCAACCGGAGCUGCACAACGAUGAGGCAUGGGCGCAACAAGAUUUUGAAUGCUGUUUUGAGGAAUGUUCUGGGAAAUGUUUUGCCAUUCAUUCCUUAGCGACAAGUACAGGUCUUGUAGUAAUGCUGUACCAACCUCUUCUCGCUGUGAUCGUGCUGGCCGUGCUAGUUGUCUGCCCGACAGAGGGCGCCACCCUGGGCUCGUGGCUCUGCCUGGCCUCCAAGAUGAUGGCGGCGCUGUUUGAGAGCCACUCGGACCGCCACUGCUCGCUGCAGAGGUUCACCGAGUCCUUUAACCUGAUGACGCGUGUCAAGUGCGCCAACUGCGACAAGUUCUUCCACUGCACCGCCAACUACAACGCCGUGUUCGGCUGUCAGGCGAGCCAGGCAAACAGAGACGCGGCCGAGACCAUCAGUAACUGCCGGGAGACAGGAACGGAGAACUCGACGGACAGCAUCGCAGACCAGGCAGCAAACCACUUUGGUAGAAACGGCGGGAACUGUGGCGAGCGAUAUCUGUGUGCACACAACUGCAUGUUCAACCCAAUCAACAACACCUGUCUACCGAGUAACUGUCAAUAGCACCUGUCUACCUAGUAACUGUCAAUAAAACAUGUCUACCUAGUAACUGUCAACAACACCUGUCUACCUAGUAACUGUCAACAACACCUGUCU